UUCCAUUUUAAGCUCGCCAGCGUCUACAAGGCCUGCGAUGGGAAAUUCACUCGGAGAGCCUUUUUUAGUGCCACGUUUUCCUACGAAGUGGAGGAGUGGUGCAAAGAGAAUUUGAACAACGUUGCAAUGGUGUGUAUUGGUGAAAGAAACUCAGCAAAUGCCAACGUGACGCAGGAACUGGUGUUUGCUGGUUCAGAACAUGGAAAGCUUCUCGCUAUUCGAACCCUCCUCCAACCAAUUUUGAUCCACCAGCAUGAUUUUUGUUGGCAGGGGGCGCAAAGUGAACGCAUCUUCAUUUGCGAUUACUAUCAAUCUUGUAAGUAUAAAGAACGAGCACGUGAACUACUAUCGGCGUGCCUCAAUUACGCCCCAAUCCUCGCUCAGAUCAGCACUGGAGAAUCUCAGGCUGAGAGAGAUCAUGUCAUCGAAUCAUUCCGGUCUGGACGAUUGUGGGUGCUAAUCUGUACAGAAUUAAUGGGCCGUGGUCUAGAUCUUCGCAAUGUUAAUCUUGUGAUAAACUUUGACCUACCAACCUCCAUCGUUAGUUACAUACAUCGAAUAGGUCGAACAGGACGUGCUGGUCGUCGCGGACGCGCUAUCACGUACUUCACUGAGUCGGAUACCAAGUAUUUGAGAUCAAUCGCCACCGUUAUUCAUCAAGCGGGAUUUGAAGUUCCAGAAUAUACACUGAGUUUGAAGCCUCUAUCCAGGAAUGAGAAGAAACAACUUGUGCGCCAUGCACCAAAAAGGAAACAUAUAGCGUUUGUGAAAAAGAAGAAGAAGAAAAGUUCCCAGGCCGAAAAUGGCUCCAAACAGUCCGACGAACCGGCUGAGAAGAAAGCCAAGGUUAUGAAGGCUGCUGGGAAACCAGAUUUGGAAAAAGUGGUUUCUGGUGUUUCCCAGAAAAAGAAAAAGAAAUCCAAGAAUGUUGAGGGAGAUUCUAAAGAUUCGGUUUUGAAGGAAACUAGUAAAGAAAGUUUGUCACCUGGAGGGGUUCCCAAGGAGAAAGUAAAGAAUGUGUUGAAAAGUAAAAAUAAAAAGGAUGUUAGAAAGAGCUAG